GCGAGUGCAUUGCCUGUUUUCAUCCCCUUUACUCUUCACACUUUUCCCUGCAUUCCCUUCCCUUUGGACUGGUUUUUGGCUGGUUCCUGUCUGAGAAAUACUUCGUGGUUCUCCCACCGUUUUUCUCAUCUUUAUUCCAGAAGCCAAUGCGAGACAUUGGCUCUGAUUAAGCGACGGCUCGUGACCCGGGGUACGCGAGGGGGAUCCGAGUGGUGAUGGAGAGCACCCCUGCAAGGGGUGGACUGAACCGAGCACACCUGCAAUGCAGGAAUCUACAGGAGUUCUUAGGGGGCUUGAGCCCCGGGGUGCUGGACCGAUUGUAUGGGCACCCAGCCACUUGUCUGGCUGUCUUCAGGGAACUCCCUUCUUUGGCUAAGAAUUGGGUGAUGCGGAUGCUUUUUCUGGAGCAGCCUCUGCCGCAGGCUGCGGUGGCCCUGUGGGUGAAGAAAGAGUUCAGCAAGGCUCAGGAGGAAAGUACAGGGCUGCUGAGUGGCCUCCGUAUCUGGCAUACCCAGCUGCUCCCUGGUGGACUCCAGGGCCUCAUCCUCAACCCCAUCUUCCGCCAGAACCUCCGAAUUGCCCUUCUGGGUGGGGGCAAGGCCUGGUCUGAUGACACCAGUCAGCUGGGACCAGACAAGCAUGCCCGGGACGUCCCCUCACUUGACAAGUAUGCUGAGGAGCGCUGGGAGGUGGUCUUGCACUUCAUGGUGGGCUCCCCCAGUGCAGCUGUCAGCCAGGACCUGGCUCAGCUCCUCAGCCAGGCUGGACUUAUGAAAAGCGCUGAACCCGGAGAGCCGCCCUGUAUCACUUCUGCUGGCUUCCAGUUCCUGCUGCUGGACACGUCGGCCCAGCUCUGGUACUUCAUGCUGCAGUAUCUGCAGACAGCCCAGAGUCGGGGCAUGGACCUAGUGGAGAUUCUCUCCUUCCUCUUCCAGCUCAGUUUCUCUACUCUGGGCAAGGACUACUCCGUAGAGGGUAUGAGUGAUUCUUUGUUGAAUUUCCUGCAACACCUGCGUGAGUUCGGGCUUGUUUUCCAGAGGAAGAGGAAGUCCCGGCGUUACUACCCCACACGCCUGGCCAUCAAUCUCUCAUCUGGUGUCUCUGGGGCUGGGGGCACUGUGCAUCAGCCAGGCUUCAUUGUCGUAGAAACCAAUUACCGACUGUAUGCCUACACGGAGUCGGAGCUGCAGAUCGCCCUUAUCGCCCUUUUCUCUGAGAUGCUCUAUCGGUUCCCCAACAUGGUGGUGGCACAGGUGACCCGGGAGAGUGUGCAGCAGGCCAUUGCCAGUGGCAUCACAGCCCAACAGAUAAUCCAUUUCCUAAGGACACGGGCCCAUCCAGUGAUGCUCAAACAGACUCCUGUGCUGCCUCCCACCAUAACAGACCAGAUUCGGCUGUGGGAGCUGGAAAGGGACAGACUUCGUUUCACUGAAGGCGUCCUGUAUAACCAGUUCCUGUCGCAAGUGGACUUUGAACUGCUGCUGGCCCACGCGCGGGAGCUGGGCGUGCUGGUGUUCGAGAACUCCGCCAAGCGGCUGAUGGUGGUGACGCCGGCCGGGCACAGCGACGUCAAGCGCUUUUGGAAGCGGCAGAAGCACAGCUCCUGAGCCGGCCGGGUCUGGGCCCGGGCGG